AUGAGUUUUUCCACACGCGUGGAGAAGUUCGGCCCGGGAAAGCUGAUCUGUGUGCACACGCCCGCCCUCCGCUGCGCCUUCGCGACGCUCGGCGCAGCAGUCAACUCCGUCAAGGUGCGCGACCCCCGCACUUCGCGCUGGGUGGAGGUAAACUGCGCGUACCGCAGCCACGAGGAGGCAGCCGCGGACACAGACUACAUGGGACCCACCGUUGGCCGCUACGGUGGCCGCAUCAGCGAGGGUAAAUUCCUGCUGGACGGCGAGGUGCAACACGUCUCACGCAACAUGAACAACCGCCACUUGAUUCACGGUGGCGCGGACGCGUUCAACCACCGUCAGUGGUCAUUCCUACUGGUGGAGACGGCAAUUUCAGUUGGUGUGCGCUUCAGCCUCGUGUCACCGCACAUGGACCAGGGAUUCCCCGCGGAGCUCAGCAGCUACGUCUACUACUACGUGGAGCGGAAGAAGCCGAAUGUCCUGCACACAGAGUACUCCGCGUACAUCACAGAGGCCUCACCCGCCGACGCGACGGUGGUCAAUAUUUUCAACCACGCGUACUGGAACCUCAACGGGGUGCCGGAGGGCAACACCGCGAGCAACCCGCGCUGGACACAGCCGGAAAAGAUCCUCGACAUCACCCUCAAGGUCCCGAGCAGCCGUGUGGCUGACACAGACUCCUCGGCGAUCCCGACAGGGGCGAUGAAAGACGUGACUGGCACGUGCCUUGACUUUCGCCGCGGCAAGCCGCUCGGCGAUGACAUCAACAAUGCGGCCACGCUGCGCCGGGACCCGUGCGGCUACGACCAUCCAUUGGCGAUCGACGGGUGGGACGAAAAGAAGAAGAGCCGCCUGCUUCUGAACGCAGAGGCGUACAGCCCCAAGACGAGGAUUCAGAUGAAGGUUUAUUCGACGUUCCCGAGCGUGUGGGUGUACACGGCGAACAACAAGCCGUCGCACGUGAGUGGGGCGAAGGGACAGCGGUAUGGGCGUCACACGGCGGUGUGCUUGGAGCCGCAGCACCUGCCGGAUAGCCCGAAUCAGCCGUCGUUCCCGUCUGUGGUGCUUCGCAAAGGGCAGAUGUACCACGAAAGGAUUGUGAAUGAGUUUAACGUGUUGAGCGACGCGCAUAUGUAG